AUGGGGGCGAAAUGGCGUGGAGCCGGCGGAACGGUUGCGGGGCCGGAGGGCGGCGGCGGCCACGACGCGUUGCGCAACCUUGCUCUGCUGGCGACCGCAGCCGCGAAAUCGGAGGAGGACGGCGGCGGCGUCAAGCGCGAGAACGACGGGACGUUUGGCGGGGUGUAGACCGAGCUCAAGGCAGUCAAGGCAGCAGUCGCGCCGCCGCCUAUUGCUUAUGCAGCAAUACGUUCCGAGUGCGCUGCUGCUCCUGCCGUGCGUGGCUGCAACAUGGCGUCCGUGACAAUUUUCAACGGCCUUUGCACCCCUCGCCUCAUUGGGCCCAAGCCAGAACGCGACGGGCGGGUUGCUCAGCUCGCGUUUCGGGGGGGGUCUCAAAGGUGUUGCUAUUGGUUUGGUGGAGUUGUUUUGAGGAUGGGGGGAGGGCAGCCUUGGUGCAUUUUUGCGCGCUGGCCACACGGGUUGGUGGUUCAACGGAUACAAUGUACACGUACACCCCUAAGAGGGGCACGACCGUGUGGGAAGGCACAGGUGAGGUGCGCCAACCAUGAUCACUCGAAGUCGGGUGGUUGUCAAGAAACUCGGAAGGGCAUCUGUUUUUUGAAACUCGCGUGUCCCGGGGUAUGUUGAUGUUUUGACUUUCGUUCGGUCGAUAUCUUUUUGUGUGUGUGGGGGGGAGGUAGUAGCGGUUACACGCUGUCUAGACGGGCUGGUAGCUUAGCGUGUACGAUGUACGAGUGACACCGACACAUCAACAGGCGCGCGGCCGGGUGUGGGGGAGGGGGGGUAGGGUAAGCAGGGAGGACGCAUGUGAGCAGUGCGAGCCACGAUCGCGCGGCUAUGCCGAGCAGUAACGGUUUAUCCACCAUUUUUUACUGAUAUAUUAUUUUAACUUCAUCAGGGGUAUUUGGUUUUUUUCGCUCCACGGGAAGCCAGCCUCGGGAGGCUAUCGACUCCCUGCGUAGGCUGGUUUGUUGGCCUCCACAGUAAUGCUAGAAUAGAGGAGUGCUUUUAGCGCUUCAUCAUCGGUACGAAACACCGCCAGACCUUAUCAUGCGAGGGUGUGACCUCUCCCUGCAUUCGGAAAAAAACUUCGUUUGUACCUUUCGUUCUGGCUUGCGGUGUGUAUGACAGGGUUGUCACACUUUCAGCCGCGAAUGUCCGCUUGUAUAUUGUUAUGGUAUAUAUUUGGUUAUAUCUCAUGUGUGUAUGACAUCCCUUCGAAGGGGGCAGCAUCGCGGGGUACCAUAGCCUGGUCUUGUCAUGAUUUUUAUGAAUAUUUUGGAGUACAUGACGACGAAAUCGUCGCAUUCAAGCACAAAGUUGUAUGUGAUGUGAUGAUGUCUUGGCUGCACUCUCGAGCUGCGGCCUACGGCUUGAUUGAGCAGGUUCAUUUACGAACGGCAUGAAGGAUGUGGUGAAAGGUUCACCUCGGCAGUUGUUGCUGGGACGUUAUUGCGUAUGUGACGGUGUCCAAAGUAGGGCUGAGCAGGUCUGUGUUCGCCACCGCUGCUGCGAGCAGGACCGAGUGAGUAUGUGCCUGAAGACGUUGCGGGGCUAGCAUCAUCGUAUCUAGCAACGAUCCUGUGCACACAAAACCCUCUUGAGGAAGACAAGCAGGAGUUGGCUCUCUGAGACGUUCUGAACAGAAGGACUUUGACCCCCCGCGAGUAUCGAGAAGCUCCCGUCGGGGAACAAAUGUGCAAGGAGGGGAGUUGGGAUGGCGCAAGGAAGGAGGUUGGAAUGGUUGGGUCUCGAAAAAAAAUUAACAAGGCGAUCAAUAGAGCUGUUAGGGGGGCCGGGAGUAAGGCGGAGUCGGCCAGACGCGUGUUUCGCCACAGAACACUCGUGAGUCGACCCCUUUGAUCGUAGCAAGACGAAUGGGUCUGCCUCACGCGUGGCCAACGACUUUGUCGGUGGCGAUAGAUCACUUGUCGGCUUCGCAUGGGUUGGGGUUAAACUUCAUCGUGUUUUUGCUUGUUGCUUAGUCUUGACGUUAUUAUUUGGGUAAGUCCCGGGUACGAUCUUUGGGCUCUAUUUUUCCAUUUGGGUUUCUUCUGCUCUCGUUUCUCUCAAAGAGGCUGCUUAUUCCGCCGCGUUUCGGCGGUACAUUCAUCUGUUCUUGUUUUUACGCACGCAUAGUAUGUUUGUCGGCUCCUUUGACAACACAUUUU